UGAUGAAGGUAUUAAAAAUGGAGAAUGGAUGGAGUUAAAUGAUAAUUUCAAUGUUUCAAUUGAUUUAUGAUUAGAUAAAUUGAUGUUCAAUGCAUAAGUGUAUACCAUAAAGGAAUUAAAUCAGGAGAAUGGAUAAAUACUGUUGAGAUAGUGGGGAGUGAUAAUAUAAUUAAGCUGGGUAUAAGAUUGGCGAUUGGAUUGAAUUGGAUCAAUAAUUGAAGAGUAACUAAUUGGAUAGAAAUAGGAAAUUGGAUAGAUUUGUAAGGCGAUUAUUACAAGUUAAAAUUUAUAUAAAUCUAUACAAUAGUUCAAAACAGGUGAUUAAAUCUGGGAUUUAUUAGGAUGGGAAAAACCAGGACAAUGGGAUAUAUACUAUAAAGGAUUAAUUAUGUUUGAUAUCAGUUUUAUACUUAUUUAGAGUUGGAGGUCAAUAUGAUUAGAAUAGCACAAAAAAGGAAAAUGGAUAGAACCAAAAUACAAUUUUNAUCAUAUAGGUAAUAAAUAAGGAAGGCAAAUUAUUAACUUCAAAACAUUGAAAAUCUUGAAUACUUAUAAUUUUUGAACUGGGAGAGAAAUUAUGGAAAUAAUAAUCAGAAAAUAGGCAAAAAUGGGUUGCAUAUUGGAAAGGAAAGAAAUUGAUAGCAGGAGGAGACUAUGAUGAAUUCUAAAAUAAAAUUGGAGCAUGGUUGAGUGAGAUCAAAAUUUUAGCGAGUUGUUUUGUUGCUAUUAAUUUACAUUAGCUAUUGUCAAGUUUUCACAUUGGAAAUGAUAUAAAGGAAUAAAUAAGGGGGGGGUAUGGUAACGAUGUUUAAUGGUCAGAUUAUGUAGAAUAUAUAAGAUAAAUUUAUAGUUGAGUUGGAUUGUAUAAUGAGAACGAAAAGAAAAAUGGGAAUUGGACUGACCUCAUAACAAAUUUAAGAAGUGUUUGGAUUUAAUAUUUAAAGUUGGAAUUAAAUUACUUAUUCAGGGGUUUAAAGAAUGAAGGAUAAUGGAAUACAAAUUUUAAAAGGGAAAGCAUGUUCAAUAAUAUUUUUGAUAAUUUUAUAGUGGAGGAGGUUAAUACAACCAGUAUGGAUUAAAAAAUGGUUAAUGGACAGAUAUAGAUGAUUAAAUUUGUGAGUAAGAGGAUAGAUAAAUAAACUUCUAGCAUUUAUAAUAAAUUGAUAUAUGUUGGUGAAUAUGUGAAUGGAAUCAAAAAAGAACACUGGCUUACUAUUGUAAAUGGGACUAUUAUGUAGUAAUUAUACUAAACUUAGUGGAGGUGGUAAUUUUAAUAUGUAAGGUAUGAAAAAUGGGAAAUGGAUCGAUGUUAUUAACAAUUUUAAUUCGUACCUAUCUAAAAGUACUACUUUAGAAUGAAUUAUGUUGCUGCAGUGGGAAGUUAUUUCAAUGGAAUUAGAAUAUAAUAAUUGGACUAUGUUUACAGAGGAUAAACAAUCUAAUAAUGA